AUGCAGUCUAUUUCCACCUCCUUGCUUGCGCUUCUUUCUUUGAUACUCGCAUCAACAAUUAGAGCAGAGCAUAUCGAUCUCGGCCUCUCUCAGGAAAUUGAUCUUCAACGUGAACUGCACUACGCCAAGAGCUCGAAGCGAUCAAAGAAAGACUGGAUGUUUUCACCAGGCAGUCAACGCCACUACAAUAGCAAAUACGCACAACACAGCGACGCUGCUGGAUCAGAAUUCUCAAGUCGAAGACACAAGAGGGGCCACCACCACCAUCAAGCAGGCAUGACUUUUGAUAAUUUUGAAUCCUGGGGUCUGAACCGGAUCAAGGAAGCUCUCCGAAACGAACGAGCCUCCAGAACGUCAACAGCCUCCUCUUGGCGAAAAUCCUCAACUUCCUCGACAUCCUCAGCAUCAUCGUCAGAUAGUUCCGAACAACUUAAUGAUGCACCAGAUGCUCAAGAAGGUGAGACCAUCCAUCUUGACACGCUGGACGCAGCACGAAUGGAAAAGGAAACCCCAUGA